GAAAAUAAUUUCAAUUUUCAAAAACCCUAAAAUUCGAAACUUUCCCCAAAUCCUUUCUACCCAAUGGCGUCGGGAAAGCCUGAAGAUCCGAUGAACAACACGGCCGGAAUGGGAACGGACGAGGAGUCUAUAGCACAGCGCCGGAAGCGACUACGGCGAGUUAGCUUCGCCGACCGGGAAAUUACUUCCGUCCACAUUUUCAACCGGGACGAAGAUUACGAGACGCCGCCAAACGCCGCCGCCGCGGAACAGCAGAACGGUGAACGAGCUGAUACGUCAGAGUCUGAGGAUAAAGUAAUUAGGUUUUUCGGCGAAUUAUCUGACCGCGAAGACACUGAAGGAGAUGGUGAUGGUGAAGAUGAGCCUAUUUUGCAGAAAUCGUUCUUGAGGCCGAAGUUCUCGCCAUCUUCGGGAGGUAGCACUGUUGGGUCUGCUACUAGUGAUGAUGAGGAUAGUUUCUUUGGCCCUGUGUCUUCCCAAUUUAUCAAUCCUGGAAGAUUGUCAAAUACUCCUAUCUCUGAAGACCACCAUGAUAUUACGAUGGACUCUACAGCAUUUUCAAUGCAUUUUCGGAGUCUUGCGAGGUCAGACUUUGGAGAUGCAAGGACACCAACAAGCAGUCAUCUUCCAGUAGAAGAAAAAACACCAACUGAGGUUACCUCCAGGUCUGAUACAGGAAGUGCAAUGGUGUUGUUGACAAAAUCUAAGAAGCUAUUCCUGAAGUCUCCUCUACCUGCUGAGAAAGAAAGUGGUGGUAGAGACUCGAAUGAUAUGAGUAUCGUGGGUGAAAAUUCUCGAAAAUAUGAUUUUGGGUAUAUAUCUCCUACAUUAGAAGCUCUAUUGGCAAAAAGCAAGGAAUUGCUUCCUGAAGACUGUACUGUGGAAGCAAGAUCGCCCAUCCAUGAUUUUUCCUUGUCCCCUCAAAAUGGACAUAUUCCCGUAGUUCAAGCUAAUAAAGACUCACAUGGUAUAGAUAGCAGUGGUGCUUGUCAAAUCCUGUCACCUUCUGGUUCUGGCUGUCGCCCUCAAAUAGUGCUGCAGGAACCAGAAAGCCAACAUUACACAAAAGAUGGUUCUCUUUCCUCGUCAACUGUUAGAAGGCAAAGUGCGUUUUCAGUUGGUAUAUUGCCCCAGUCCGUAUCUUGUGUUACUCCUUCCCCUAAACAGGGUGGAAGCUUUAUGAGCAAAGAAACUCGGGCACUAGUUGAGAGCUUGUCAACUAUUCAGAAAAGCAAAUCGAGACUUGGAUUAAUUCCACCCUCCCCUGGUUCUGCUCUUUCUCAAAGAAUUGAGAAAUCAAAGCUUCAAUUAUCCGGACACCGUUCUAUGACUACACCAUCAACUUUUGGCAGGGAAGUAGGUGUUCACACGAAAAUUAAUGCAGAUAUACCCAUUACCAAUUUGGAGGGUUUGUUAUCUAAACAUGAUAAUAGAACACCAAUUUCUGAGAAGAAAGGCAUGCCAAAUAAAUGCGGUAGUGGUGCACUGAGCCCUGUUGUCGACACUGGCGAUAAUAAUAGAACACCAGUUUCAGAAAAGAAAGGCAUGCCAGAUCAAUGCAGUAGUGGUGCAUUGAGCCCUGUUAUCGACACUGUCGAUGACAAUAGAACACGAGUUUCAGAAAAGAAAGGCAUGCCAGAUAAAUGCAGUAGUGGUGCGUUGAGCCCUGUCGUCGAUACUGGUGAUGAUAAUAGAACACCACUUUCAGAAAAGAAGGGCAUGUCAGAUCAAUGCCGUAGUGGUGCAUCGAGCCCUGUUGUCGACACUGGCGAUGAUAAUAGAACAUCAGUUUCAGAAAAGAAAGGCAUGCCAGAUAAAUGCAGUAGUGGUGCAUUGAGCCCUGUUGUCGACACUGGUGAUGAUAAUAGAACACCACUUUCAGAAAAGAAGGGCAUGCCAGAUCAAUGCAGUAAUGGUGCACUGAGCCCUGUUGUCGACCCUGGCGAUGACAAUAGAACACCAGUUUUAGAAGAGAAGGGCACGCCAGAUCAGUGCAGUAGCGAUGCACUGAGACCUGCUGUUGACACUAGGGGUGAUAAUAGAAUACCAGUUUCAGAAAAGAAAGUCAUGCUAGAUCAAUGCAGUAGUGGUGCAUUAAGCCCUGCUGCUGACACUAGCGAUGAUAGAACACCAAUUUCUGAAAGGAAAGGCGUACCAGAUCAAUAUGGUUGUGGUGCAUUGAAGUCUGCUGCCGACAUAAGUAAUGUGUUUGCAAGCAGAAGUCCAAAAGGAAAUACUAAUUCUGAGGUAGAAGGUUCAUUCUUCAAACAACAGAAAAGAAAUCAGACAGCCAGCACCCCUGGGAAGUUUGUGUCAUCUCUAACAAAUUCAUCAAAUGUAAUGACGUCAGCAUCAAAGAAUUUUGUCACUCUUCAAGAUCAAGAGCAGCACAGUAAAGCCACCGAAAAAUCUGAGAUUGGGGAUGGAAAUGUGACCAAGGAAUAUGCUAGUAAUAAUUCUUUGAAUACCUUAUCCGGCAAAGUUGAUUCACUGCUUGUAGAAUCUGGCGUAUUACUUAGUGAGACAGGCUUCUUGAAUGGCUCUGCUAAACAAAAUGAGAAGGACAGUAUGCUGAAUAAAAAUCAAAACAGAACCAACAUAAGUGCUGCCCAGUUCCUUCUGAAGGAUGAUAAUCACUUUACAGUCCAUUGUGAAACAGAAGUGAUCUCAGCUGAGGAUGUUCCUUCUGUAGUUACAGAAACCCCUCCUAAUAUCCCUGGCUCUUCAUCUACGGACAAUAGCAAGAAUGAGGCUUUGCAUGUUAAGGGAUCAUCCAGAUUGAAAAGGAAAACAGAAGAUGUUGAUUGUGCAGCUAGAAAUUGUAGCCCCAAAGUCAGGAGAAGUACACACUAUAUUUCAAAUACAGUGAUGGACCACCCAGAUGGAAACAUCAAUGCUAAUAAUUGCGGCAGAAUUCGUAGACAAGUGAUGAACCGGGUAGAAAUUCCAGGAAAAGUAUCAGAAGAAAUCAAUCAAAUGCUUGAUCCAUUGGCUGUUAAGCUGAACCCAAGAAUGAUAUGUAAGCUGGAAGAUAUAUUAACACACAUGAAGAAGGUUCAUUUGUGUGAGAUGCUUUGUCUUCAAAUUCAAUCUCAGAAAGUAUCUGACGACUUGAGUGGUGCCAAGAUAAAGAGGCAUGCUGAGAGUAGAUCAUUACUCUGCAAGUUAGCAUACGAAAAAGCCAAACUUGAGUUGCUGCACCUCAAGAAAGAGAUAAUGAUGAAAAAGUUUCAAGCAGUGAGCAAUGGUGUACAGACAUCCGAAACACUGAGGUUGAAUUGUGCCAACUUUCUACGUCAACAUGGUUUCCGUUCUACUGGCUUGUUAAAUCCUAACCACGCUGAUGAGGCUAUGAUUACUAGUAAACGGGGAGAGAUAACACAGGAGAUCAAAGAAUUGGACUCAAAAAUAAAGAAUUUGGUUCAAUGUUUUACGACGUUCGACACAAUGACAGAAGAACCGGCAUAUGCAGACAUUAUUAUGAUUGCUGAAGAUACUUUAAAAAAGAGAACGAGUUGCAGAUCCAUACGUCAGGAUAUUCUGGUCUGGAAAGUUGACAGUUUGGGUGAAUGGAAUGAUUGUCAAAGCAUUGUUCUAAACUAUAGUGGCCUUUUCAACCAAAGGCUCACAUUAAAGCCUGGCCAUCCUUCAUGUGUACUAGUUUCAAACAGUUUGAGUGAUACACUUGUUAAGCAUUUCCCAGAGACGAAUGUUUCAAUUGCAUUAAACUCUUUGUUUAAAGCUGAAGACUCCCAAAAGUGCAUUGGUUGCUCCAAUAUAUUGUUGGAGAUUACACAGAAAACCAGUUUGCUCCUACACAAUCUGCUAGAUGUGGCUGAGGAAUUUCAUUUAGCUCAAAUGAAUAUACCAAAUUUGGUCCAAGGACACUUUAAUUCUCCAUCAGCGGAGCAGCUUCAGUUGCAGAUUAGCUUUCUUGACUGCACAAACGUGAGAAAACUAAUUGUGGUUCUCGAUUUGGCAUGUUUGAUCCAUGGGAAGUAUCCUAGUGACGUAGUUCCUUGCGAGUUACGUGAAGGAGAUGUCGUUGCGUCGAAAGAACUGAAGAACGAGAUAGAAUCUGCAAUGGACGAUGUUGGAUUGGGAUAUCCUCGGAUAUUGAGACUCUGCCGUUGCAUUUCCAAAGUGUUGCAAUCACAAAGGAGAUGAUGUCUAUCUAAUUUCAUAACACUUCACAUUUUGCUGGUUUUGUUUUUUUUUUUUGUAAAUAUGGCACAAGGGCUACUACUUCUAGUACUAGUAGUAGUCUAGUAACCUUUUGCCCUUUUAAAUCUUUUAACCAAAGUCUUGAGUUUUGUAUACACUGUCGUCCAAGGUAGCAGUUGAUUUCUGUGCCUUAAUCCUUUUGGGUGCCAUGUGACUCCCUCUUUGGAGGCUAUGAAGAACAUCAAAUCCGAGGAUGAAGUCUAUGUAACGUCAAGCAGUCUUCCUCGUCUUGAGUCUUAACGUACAGGUUACCUAACAUUAGUUUGGUCUCACACAUUAGUUGAUUAGUUGAUGUGUGAUUGUCAUAUAAACUAUGAUUGUUUGAUUUGUUUCUCUGUUUGUGUGUUAAUGUAUCAAAAGUAUUGGCUAUUUAUCAAUCGACAAAUCAUUUACUAAA